AUGAGCGCCUCAAUGGAAAAGCAGAAGCCCAGGAACAGCGUCUCAGACGUGGUGGCUGGUGCGGGUGAGAAUUCAAAUGCUGCUGGCGGAUACAUGAGGAUCUUCCGCUAUGGCGAUAAAGUCGACUUCAUGAUGCAAGCUGUGGCCCUCCUGUGCGCAAUCGGCUCUGGUGUGGGGAUGGCCAUGGUCAACUUGGUUUUUGGGCAAUUUGUCACGAUCAUCACCAAAUACAGCUCAGGGUCCUCUUCGCCCGCCGACUUUCGGAGUGACGCUGCACGGCUUGCUCUCUAUUUCUUCUUGAUUGGAAUCGGACGCUUCAUCGUCUCGUACGGAUACAGCACCCUUUUCACCCUCGCUGGGUAUCGGAUCACGAGAAAUAUACGCCGCGAAUAUCUCCAAGCUGGGCUGAGCCAGGAGAUCGCCUAUUUUGAUUCUGGUGUCGGUGGUUCCAUUUCCAUGCAAGCGACCUCCAACGGCAAGCUCAUACAAGCGGGCAUCUCGGACAAGCUCGGUCUCGUCGUUCAGGGCCUGUCUGCGUUCAUAUCAGCCUUCAUACUGGCCUUUGUCACAAACUGGAAGUUGACUUUGAUUACCGGCUGUAUUGCACCGGCUAUUAUUUUGUGCACACUUGUUGCCUCAUACUUUGAAACGAGAUACGAAGUUAAGAUCCUCGGCUGGAACGCAGAGGCUGGUUCAUUCACCGAGAGCAUCUUGGCCAGCGCCCGAACAAUCCAGGCCUUUGAGCUCCGCUCGCGCCUCAUCCAAAAGUUCGAUGGGUACUUGUCGGAAUCCGCGAAGGUCGGCCACAAAAAGAGUCCAGUUUUAGGGCUGCUCUUCUCCAGUGAGUACUUCGUCAUGUUCGCCGGAAUUGGCCUGUGUUUCUGGCAAGCCAUCUCCAUGAUCGCCAAGGGUGAGGUCGACAAUGUUGGGGAUGUAUUCAUUGUCUUUAUGUCUGUCACUGUUGCUGCCGCCAGUCUUACGGCCAUGGCUCCGCAUCUCAUCGACUUUACCAGGGCAGCUUCUGCGGCGAGCGAACUAUUCAAGUUGAUAGACCGCAAGUCCGCCAUCAAUCCACUGGACGAAUCGGGUGACCGGCCCACCUGGGUCACAGGAGAUGUCGAGUUCAGUAACGUCACCUUUAGUUAUCCUAUGCGACCUGAUGUUAAGGUUCUCGACAAUUACUCGCUACACUUCCCGGCUGGCAAGACCACCGCCCUAGUGGGUGCCAGCGGUAGUGGCAAGAGCACAAUCGUCGGUCUACUGGAGCGAUGGUAUGACCCGGCAUCCGGCACGAUCAAGCUUGAUGGGCGUACUAUCAACACCCUCAACGUCCAGUGGCUAAGGAAACAAAUUCGUCUCGUCCAGCAGGAGCCCAUCCUCUUUAGCGGCUCGGUCUACGACAAUAUUGUCACUGGCCUUAUUGGUACCCCCUGGGAAAACGAGUCCCGACCUGACAAGCUUCGACGCGUGCAAGAGGCUGCCAAGGUUGCUUUCGCGCACCAGUUCAUUACUAACCUCCCCAACGGUUACGACACUGUUAUCGGAGAACGCGGUGGUCUUUUGUCCGGAGGUCAGAAGCAACGUGUAGCGAUCGCCCGCAGCAUUAUCUCCGAGCCUCGCAUCCUCCUUCUUGACGAAGCUACUUCCGCUCUCGACCCCAAUGCCGAAAAAGUUGUUCAACAGGCCCUCGAUAAUGUCUCAAAGGGGCGGACGACUAUCACUAUUGCGCACAAGCUAGCGACGAUUCGCGACGCGGACAAUAUUGUGGUUAUGGAGAAAGGCAAAAUCGUUGAGCAGGGCACACAUAAGUCUCUCUUGGAUCAGGGCGGCGCGUAUUCUCGCCUAGUUCGCGCUCAAGAUUUGGCUGUCAAGGAGGAUGACUCGGACGGAGCAGCAAGCUCCGAUGUUGAGGAACACAAAGCCGAAACUCUGGCCCUGGCCCCCACUCUGACCAGUCACUCGUCGGUAGGGCAUAAUGCUAUGGAACGACUUGUCGAGAGGGACGAUUACGACAAGUGGCAGCGAGUAGGCUUCCUCACCACAGUUCGUCGUAUUCUACAGGGAUCGCCCGAGCUUAAGUUGUAUUUCUUGGCCGUCGUUACGGCCUGCUGCCUUGGAGCUGGGCUGUAUCCUGGUCAGGCUGUCUUAAUGGCCAGCUUCAUUCAAGUCUUUGAGGCCUCAGGAUCGGAUAUGCGUCGAAGGGGCAACUUCCUAGCUCUUAUGUUUUUUGUUGCGGGAAUUGGGGCGUUCUUUGUAUACUUCACCUUGGGCUGGUGCUCCAAUGUUGUGGCGACGGAACUCAGUCGCAAGCUUCGUAGGCGAAUUGUUGACAAUAUCUUGAGACAAGAUCUCAAGUUUUUCGAUCGCCCCGAGAACACAACAGGCGCCCUUACCAGUAGGGCAGACUCAUACCCCCAGGCCGUAUUUGAGCUCAUGGGAUUCACCAUCGCCCUAAUUCUUACGGCCAUCAUCAGCGUCCUGGCUUGUAGUAUUCUGGCUAUUGUGUACAGUUGGAGACUCGGCCUCGUGAUCGUUCUUGCCGGCCUUCCACCCAUGCUCCUUGCGGGCUACGGACGCAUUAGAAUGGACUCUGCUAUGGAUGUGAAGAUCUCAAAACGCUUUUCCCAUAGCGCAUCAAUCGCAUCUGAGGCUAUCACAGCUAUCCGUACUGUUUCGUCCUUGUCUAUUGAAAAGUAUGUGUUAGAAAGAUAUACAAACGAACUGGACCAAGCCAACAACGACUCUCGCAAGGCUAUUCUGCUCAUUAUGCUUCCUUUUGCGUUCACCCAGAGCGUAGAAUACUGGUUCUUGGCCUUGGGUUUCUGGUACGGUUGCCGACUGGUCUCUUUUGGAAACCUCGGAAUGGUCAAUUUCUUUAUAUCUUUUCUUUCAGUUUUCUUUUCCGGCCAGCAAGCUUCCAUUCUUUUCGGAUUUUCGUCCAGCAUGACGAAGGCAGUCAAUGCAGCCAACUACAUGUUCUGGCUCGAUCAACUGCAGCCCGUAAUUCGCGAAACACCAGAAAACCGGGACUUCGGCCCAGAAAAAUAUGCUGCAAUGGAGUUUGACCAGGUUCGGUUUUCGUAUCCCAUGAGACCACAGACCAGAGUACUCCGUGGAGUUAACCUUUCGAUACGGCAAGGUCAAUUCGUCGCCUUUGUAGGCGCAUCCGGCUGCGGCAAAAGUACCAUGAUUGCCAUCCUCCAACGUUUCUAUGACCCUGUCUCGGGCCAUCUAAAGGUCGACGGCAAAGCGGUCGAUCAGAUGAAUCCAUGGCUUUUCCGUAAAGAUAUUGCUCUUGUGCAACAAGAGCCAGUACUGUACCCUGGCACAAUUCGCAUGAAUAUCUCUUUGGGUAUCCCGUCGGAUAAUCUAGCGACCGUUACGGAGGCCGAUAUCAUUGAGGCGUGCCGCGCGGCCAACGCCUGGGAUUUCAUCAGUUCCCUGCCGGAGGGACUUGACACUCCAUGUGGUGCCAACGGCACUCAACUUUCCGGCGGACAGCGCCAGCGCAUCGCCAUUGCACGGGCCCUGAUCCGUAACCCCAGAGUCCUUCUUCUCGACGAAGCCACAAGCGCUCUUGACACACAGUCUGAGAGGGUUGUUCAGGAGGCUCUCAAUAAGGCAGCUUCGUCCGGAGAGCGAAUUACCAUCGCGGUUGCUCAUCGUCUAUCAACUAUCAGACAUGCUGACAUCAUUUGUGUUUUCCAUGGAGGUAGAAUUGUCGAGCAGGGCACGCAUGAGCAGCUUCUUGUGAAGGGAGAACUUUACAAGAAGAUGUGCGAGGCACAGAGCCUAGGUACUUAG